AUGAUGGCCGAUCACUUAGACGAACCGCCUCAGAAGCGGGUCAAAAUGGAUCCAACUGACAUCUCCUACUUUCUGGAGGAGAAUCUGCCCGAUGAGCUGGUGUCCUCAAACAGCGGCUGGUCGGAUCAGUUAACCGGUGGCGGUAACGGCGGAGGAGGCGGCGGCGCCUCCGGCGUGACCACAAACUCCACAUCCGGACCAAAUGCAGGCGGCGGACCCAAUAAACCACCAGCACAAGGACCAGGACCGGGCUCAGGACCCGGUGGCGUUGGUGUUGGUGUCGGUGUCGGUGUCGGCGGCAUGGGUGUCGGUGUUGUUGGCGUCGGUGUCGGCGUUGUGCCUUCCCAAAUGAACGGAGCCGGCGGCGGCGGUGGCUCCGGUACUGGCGGCGAUGAUGGCAGCGGCAAUGGCUCUGGAGGUGGCAAUGCCGGCAGUCAAUUGCGUCAGAUGCAGCAUCAUCAGCAGCUGCAGCAUCUGCUCCAGCAACAGCAACAGCAGCAGCAGCAGCAGCAGCAGCAGCAAGGCCAAAAGGGGGCCAUGGUGGUGCCCGGAAUGCAACAACUCGGCAGUAAGUCGCCCAACCUGCAGUCGCCCAAUCAGGGCGGCAUGCAGCAAGUGGUGGGCACUCAGAUGGGCAUGGUCAACUCGAUGCCAAUGUCCAUAUCGAAUAAUGGCAACAAUGGCAUGAAUGCCAUACCAGGCAUGAACACCAUCGCUCAGGGUAAUCUGGGCAACAUGGUGCUGACCAAUAGCGUUGGCAGUGGCAUGGGCGGCAUGGUCAAUCAGCUGAAGCAGCAGCCUGGCGGCGGCGGUGGCGGCGGUAUGAUCAAUGCAGUGUCCGUGCCAGGACCUGGAGGACCCGGAACAGGACCCGGCGGUGUAGGAGCAGGCGGCGGUGCAGGCGGUGUGACGCCAAACCAAGGCAUGCAUAUGCAGAACGGGCCGAUGAUGGGACGUAUGGUUGGGCAGCAGCAUAUGCUACGUGGACCGCAUCUAAUGGGCGCCGCGGGAGGAGCUGGAGGUCCAGGAAACGGUCCCGGAGGGGGAGGACCACGGAUGCAAAAUCCCAACAUGCAAAUGGGUCAACUCAACAGUCUACCUUACGGAGUGGGUCAAUAUGGUGGACCCGGUGGCGGCAACAAUCCCCAGCAACAGCAGCAGCAGCAGCAGCAACUUCUCGCACAGCAGAUGGCGCAAAGAGGCGGUGUUGUUCCAGGAAUGCCGCAGGGAAAUCGACCCGUGGGAACUGUGGUGCCCAUGUCCACUCUCGGCGGGGAUGGGUCUGUGCCAGCUGGGCAACUAGUAGGUGGUAAUCCCCAGCAGCAACAGAUGCUGGCACAGCAGCAAUCCGGAACCAUGGCUUCGCGCCCGCCCCAACCAACCCAGCUCCUCGGUCAUCCCGGACAGCAGCAGCAACAGCAGCAGCAGCAACCGGGAACGUCUCAGCAGCAACAGCAGCAGGGAGUCGGAGUUAGUGUUGGACUGGGUGGAGCGGGAGUUGUGGCUGGCGGAGGAGCCGGUUCCGGCGCUGGCGUGCCACCUGUUGCUGGUGGUGGAUCUGUAGGUGCUGGCGUUGCAGGUGGCCCCGGUGGAGCCAAUCGUGACGUGCCCGACGAUCGCAAACGACAGAUUCAACAGCAACUGAUGCUGCUUCUCCAUGCGCAUAAGUGCAACCGGCGCGAAAACCUUAAUCCGAAUCGAGAGGUCUGCAACGUCAACUAUUGCAAGGCGAUGAAGUCCGUACUGGCCCACAUGGGCACCUGCAAGCAGAGCAAAGACUGCACAAUGCAGCAUUGCGCCUCCUCACGUCAGAUCCUGUUACAUUAUAAAACCUGCACCAACAGUGCCUGCAUCAUUUGCUAUCCCUUCAGACAAAAUCAUUCGGUCUUUCAGAAUACCAAUGUGCCGCCAGGUGGGGCAGGUGGGAAUGCUGUAGCCGCGCCAGGCUCUGGUGGCGGUGGUGGAGGAGCUGCCGGUGGAGCAGCCGGAAGUCUACAGCAACAGCAGCAGCAGCAACAACAGCAGCAGCAGCAGCAGCAACAACAACAGAAUCAACAGCCCAAUAUGGCCGGCUUGGUUGUGGAUGGCAAGCAACAGCAGGUGGCGCCCGGCGGAGGUCAGAAUACUGCGAUAGUCCUACCGCAACAACAAGGAGCGGGCGGAACACCUGGCGCGCCAAAGACACCAGCUGAUAUGGCCCAACAAUUAGCCCAACAACAGCAACAACAACAGCAGCAGCAGCAGCAGGUUCACCAACAACAGGUUCAGCAGCAGGAACUCCGUCGCUUCGAUGGCAUGGGUCAGGUGGGACUUUCUCCCGUAACUGCCGGCGGAAUGCAACAGCAACAGCAGGGAUUGCCUCCGGGCAUCCGCAUGCAGGGUGCUCCGCCGGCGGUUAGGGUUCUAGGACCUGGUCCUGGACCCAGUGGACCCAAUGUCCUGCCGAACGACGUCAACAGCCUGCAGCAGCAACAGCAGCAGCAGCAGAUGCUCCAACAGCAGCAACAGCAGGGCCAGAAUCGACGACGUGGUGGCCUGCCCAACAUGGUGGAGCAACAACAGCAGCAGCAGCAGCAGCAGCAACCCAAUCCCGCCCAGCUGGGUGGCAACAUUCCAGCACCACUCUCCGUCAAUGUCGGAGGCUUUGGCAAUGCCAAUUUCGGUGGAGCAGCAGCUGGCGCAGGCGGCGCCGGCGGAGGGGCCAAUGAUAAGCAGCAGCUGAAGGUGGCGCAGGUCCAUCCGCAGAGCCAUGUCGUAGGCGGCGCUGGCGGUGCAGCCGCAGGUGCUGGCGCGAGUGGUGGCCAGCAGGUGGCUACCGGUUCCAGUGUCCUGAUGCCAGCGGAUACCACGGGAAGCGGCAACGCUAGCAAUCCCAACCAGAAUGCUGGAGCGGGAGCUGGCGGCGGCGGCGGCAGCGGUGGUGCCGUCCCUGGCGGAGGUGGCGGAGGCUCUGGACCUUCCGGUGACAGCGAGAAGGAUUGGCGCGACAUGGUGACCGCCGAUCUGCGCAACCAUCUCGUCCACAAACUAGUACAGGCCAUCUUCCCCACCUCUGAUCCCACGACAAUGCAGGACAAGCGUAUGCAUAACCUUGUCUCCUAUGCGGAAAAGGUCGAGAAGGACAUGUACGAGAUGGCGAAAUCCAGGUCAGAAUACUAUCACCUGCUAGCGGAGAAGAUCUAUAAGAUCCAGAAGGAGCUGGAGGAGAAGCGGCUGAAGCGUAAGGAGCAACACCAGCAGAUGCUGAUGCAGCAGCAGGGUGUUGCGAAUCCUGGAGCUGCAGGAGCGACUGGUGGUGCCGGCGGUGCAGCUGGCGGUGGCGCCGGAGCCGUAGGAGGCGUUUUAUCCCAACAACAGCAGCAGCAACAGCAGCAGCAGCCGGGUCAGCAACCUGUCCAGGCCGGCGUCCGUCCCAUCAUCAGUCCCAUGGGCGGCGUUAUGCCGCCGCAGCAGUUGCGUCCACAGGGUCCACCCGGAAUGGUGGGCCAGCAGUCGGGUGUGAGCAUGGGCGUCGGCGUUGGCGUGGGCGUCGGAGUCACCAACAACAUGGUGACGAUGCGAAGUCACUCGCCCGGCGGCAACAUGCUCACCCUGCAGCAACAGCAGCGCAUGCAGUUCCCGCAGCAACAGCCACAGCAACCUCCCGGCUCUGGAGCUGGUAACAUGCUGGUGGGUCCACCCGGACCCUCUCCCGGCGGCAUGGUGGUCAAUCCGGCGCUAUCGCCGUAUCAGACGACCAAUGUGCUCACCAGUCCCGUGCCGGGCCAGCAGCAGCAGCAGCAGCAGCAGUUCAUCAAUGCGAACGGCGGCACGGGAGCCAAUCCUCAGCUGAGCGAGAUGAUGAAGCAACGACAUCUUCACCAGCAGCAGCAGCAGCAACAGGCGGCGCAGCAGCAGCAACAGGGAAUGCUAUUGCCGCAGUCGCCCUUCAGUAAUGCCACACCCCUGCAGCAGACACAAGGCGGCAACAGCUUCAGUUCGCCGAUGCAACAGCAACCGCAACAGCAGCAGCAGCAGCAACAGCAACAGCAGCAGCAACAGAAGCCCGGCAGUGUGAUGAACAACAUGCCGCCGACGCCUACGAGCCUGGAGGCCUUGACUGCGGGGGCUGGAGCAGCGGGAACGGGAGGAUCGGCCUCCAAUGUUACGGUUUCAGCUCCGAGCCCCUCGCCUGGCUUCCUGUCCAAUGGCCCAUCGAUUGGCACGCCCUCCAACAGCAACAACAACAACAAUAACAGCAGCAGUAGUGCCAACAACAACCCGCCCUCAGUGAGCAGUCUGAUGCAACAGCCGCUGAGCAAUCGAGCGUCCACACCUCCUUACAUACCCGCCUCCCCAGUGCCGGCGACAAGUGCUUCCGGUUUAGCGGCAAGCAGCACGCCCGCAUCAGCAGCAGCGGCGGCUGCGUCCUGUGCUAGUGCCGGCAGUGGCAGUGGCAGCGGCAGCAGUGGAGCCACAGCAGCGGCGGGAGCUACCACAACGACCUCGACAUCUUCGGCAGGUUCGGGUACACCGCUUAGCUGUGCCUCUUCCUCGGUAUCCACACCCACGUCAGCUACGAUGGCUUCCAGCAGCAGUAGCGGCGGUGGCAGUGGAGGAUCCACGACGCCUGCCAGCAAUCCCCUGCUUCUGAUGUCAGGCGGUGGAGCGGGAGGUGGAACGGGAGCGACGACAACCACAUCUAUGUCUGCCAGCAGUCGUAUGAUGAGUAGCUCCAGCAAUCUCUCCUCACAGAUGGCCGCUCUGGAGGCUGCGCAGCGAGACAACGACGAGGAUACACCUUCGCCCUCCAAUGAGAAUACCAAUGGCAGCGGCGGCAGUGGCAAUGCCGGCGGUAUGGCCUCCAAGGGCAAGUUGGACUCGAUUAAGCAGGAGGACGACAUCAAGAAGGAGUUCAUGGACGAUAGCUGUGGCGGCAACAACGACAGCUCCCAAAUGGACUGCUCCACGGGUGGCGGCAAGGGCAAGAACGUGAACAACGACGGCACCAGCAUGAUCAAAAUGGAGAUCAAGACGGAGGAUGGUGUCGAUAGUGAUGUCAAGAUCAAGACCGAAGCCAUGGAUGUGGAUAAGGCAGGUGGCUCAACAGCCGGAGGUCAUCACGAUGGCGCCGGCGGUGAUGGAAGCGGCGGUAGUGGUCUUGGUGGCGGCAAGGAUAAUAUCAAUGGUGCUCACGAUGGUGGAGCCGCAGGCAGUGCCGUGGAUAUCAAGCCCAAGACGGAUACAAAGCCUCUGGUGCCGGAACCCAUUGCCCCUGCCGGAGACAAGAAAAAGAAAUGCCAAUUCAAUCCCGAAGAGCUCCGCACAGCUUUGCUGCCUACACUGGAGAAGCUUUAUCGACAGGAGCCCGAGUCUGGGCCAUUUCGUUAUCCCGUCGAUCCGCAGGCAUUGGGCAUACCCGAUUACUUUGAGAUCGUCAAGAAGCCCAUGGAUCUGGGCACCAUUCGAACUAACAUCCAGAAUGGCAAAUACAGUGAUCCCUGGGAGUAUGUGGACGAUGUGUGGCUGAUGUUCGACAAUGCCUGGCUGUAUAAUCGCAAGACAUCACGGGUGUAUCGCUACUGCACAAAGCUAUCCGAGGUCUUUGAGGCGGAGAUCGAUCCAGUGAUGCAGGCCCUGGGCUAUUGUUGCGGCAGGAAGUACACCUUCAAUCCCCAGGUGCUCUGCUGCUACGGCAAGCAACUGUGUACGAUUCCGCGGGAUGCCAAGUACUACAGCUACCAGAACAGUCUAAAGGAAUACGGUGUCGCCUCAAAUAGAUACACCUACUGCCAAAAGUGCUUUAACGACAUCCAGGGAGAUACGGUCACACUGGGCGAUGAUCCACUGCAGUCGCAAACCCAAAUCAAGAAGGAUCAGUUCAAGGAAAUGAAGAACGAUCAUCUGGAGUUGGAGCCCUUCGUCGAUUGCCAGGAGUGCGGUCGCAAGCAGCACCAGAUCUGUGUCCUCUGGUUGGACUCCAUAUGGCCCGGCGGUUUUGUCUGCGACAAUUGCCUCAAAAAGAAGAACUCGAAGCGGAAGGAGAACAAGUUCAAUGCCAAGCGAUUGCCCACCACAAAGCUGGGCGUGUACAUUGAGACGCGAGUGAACAAUUUCCUGAAGAAGAAGGAGGCUGGUGCCGGCGAAGUGCACAUUCGUGUGGUCAGUUCGUCGGACAAAUGUGUCGAGGUGAAACCGGGAAUGCGAAGACGCUUCGUGGAGUCCGGUGAAAUGAUGCAGGAGUUCCCGUAUCGGGCAAAGGCCCUCUUCGCUUUCGAGGAGGUAGACGGCAUCGAUGUGUGCUUCUUUGGCAUGCAUGUCCAGGAGUAUGGAUCAGAGUGCCCGGCACCGAAUACGAGGCGUGUGUAUAUCGCAUAUCUGGACUCCGUUCACUUCUUCCGGCCGCGACAAUAUCGAACAGCGGUGUAUCAUGAAAUCCUGCUCGGCUACAUGGACUAUGUGAAGCAGCUGGGCUACACUAUGGCCCAUAUCUGGGCCUGUCCGCCUUCCGAGGGCGAUGACUACAUCUUCCAUUGUCAUCCCACGGAUCAGAAAAUCCCAAAGCCCAAACGCCUGCAGGAAUGGUACAAGAAGAUGCUCGACAAGGGCAUGAUCGAACGGAUCAUACAGGACUAUAAGGAUAUUCUGAAGCAAGCGAUGGAGGACAAGCUAGGUUCUGCCGCCGAACUGCCCUACUUCGAGGGUGACUUCUGGCCAAAUGUGCUCGAGGAGAGCAUCAAGGAGCUCGACCAAGAGGAGGAGGAGAAGCGCAAGCAAGCAGAGGCCGCCGAGGCAGCAGCAGCGGCGAAUCUCUUCUCCAUCGAGGACAACGAGGUGAGCGGCGAUGGCAAGAAGAAGGGACAGAAGAAGGCCAAGAAGUCCAACAAGUCGAAGGCGGCGCAGCGGAAGAAUAGUAAAAAGUCCAAUGAGCAUCAGUCGGGCAAUGAUCUCUCCGCCAAGAUAUAUGCCACCAUGGAGAAGCACAAGGAGGUCUUCUUUGUCAUUCGUCUGCACUCGGCACAGUCGGCAGCGAGUCUAGCGCCCAUCCAAGAUCCCGAUCCAUUGCUCACCUGCGACCUGAUGGACGGACGCGAUGCCUUCCUAACCCUCGCCCGCGACAAGCACUAUGAGUUCUCGUCGCUGCGGCGAGCGCAGUUCUCCACAUUGUCCAUGUUGUAUGAGCUGCAUAACCAAGGCCAGGACAAGUUCGUUUACACCUGCAACAAUUGCAAGACCGCUGUGGAAACGCGGUACCAUUGCACCGUCUGUGAUGACUUUGAUCUGUGCAUUGUGUGCAAGGAGAAGGUUGGUCAUCCGCAUAGAAUGGAAAAGCUCGGCUUCGACAUCGACGACGGCUCGGCGCCGGCGGAUCACAAACAGGCCAAUCCACAGGAGGCCCGGAAGCAGUCCAUCCAGCGUUGCAUCCAAUCCCUGGUGCACGCAUGCCAGUGUCGCGAUGCCAAUUGUCGCCUGCCGUCCUGCCAGAAGAUGAAGCGCGUUGUCCAGCACACGAAGAACUGCAAGCGAAAGACGAACGGCGGAUGCCCCAUUUGCAAGCAGCUCAUUGCUCUCUGUUGCUACCAUGCGAAGCACUGUCAGGAGCAAAAGUGUCCAGUGCCCUUCUGUCACAACAUCAAGCUCAAGCUCAAACAGCAGCAGCUCCAGCAGAAACUCCAACAGCAGCAGUUACUCCGCCGUCGCGUUGCUCUCAUGUCCCGGACAGCUACUUCAGCGGCAUUACCUGGCCCGGCUGCUGUCAGUCCGGCUGUGGUUUCCGGCGGAGUGCCCGUUGUGGGCAUGUCCGGUGUGGCUGUUAGCCAACAGGUGAUGCCCGGCCAGGCAGGAAUUAUGACACCGGGUGCCGGCGGUAUGUCACCUUCCACCGUCACAGUACCCUCACCGGUUUCGGGCGGUGCAGGCGGUGCCGGUGGCAUGGGUGGAAUGACAUCACCACACCCACAUCAAACCGGUAUUGGCAUGAAGCCUGGCGGUGGUCACUCGCCCUCGCCCAACGUUCUGCAAGUGGUGAAGCAAGUCCAGGAGGAAGCGGCCCGUCAGCAGGUGUCCCAUGGUGGUGGCUUCGGCAAAGGUGGUCCAAUGGCACCGCCUGUGAUGAAUCGCCAGAUGGGAGGACCUGGUCCCAAUCCCAAUGUGAAUCAAUUGGGAGGCAUGGGCGUCGGAGUUGGCGGUGUCGGUGGCGUCGGCGUUGGUGUUGGCGGUGUCGGCGUUGGAGGCGUUGGCGGUGUAGGCGUCGGCCAGUUGGGUCCCGGCGGCGGUGGUGGAAACCCUGCUGGAGGACCAGGCGGCCCUGGUGGAGUUCCCGGAGCCGGAAACUGUGGUAACGUCCUGAAUGCCAACAACCUGCUAUCCAUGGAUCAGUGGGGCGGUGGUGGAGCCGGCGGCGGAGGUGGCAAUCCAGGCGGUGGCAAUCCCCAGGCCCGCUAUGCCAACAAUGCCACGGGAAUGCGACAACCCGGCCAGCUGAUGCAGCCGAAUCUGUUACAGCAGCAGCAACAGCAGCAGCAGAUGAUGGGCCAGGGAGGACCCAAUCAGCUCGGCGGUGGCCAAAUGACCGUUGGCGGCCAGCACGGUGGCAUGGGAAUGGGCGGCAUGGGCGCACCAUCGAUGGCCGGCGCUGCUGGCGGAGUACGACCGCCGCCCGGUGCCGGAGGUGGCGGUGGCGGCCAAACGGGCGGACUGAACACCCAGCAACUGGCCCAGAUCAUGCAAAAGAUCAAGAAUAACCCCACCAAUGAAAGUAACCAGCACAUCCUCACCAUACUCAAGCAGAAUCCGCAGAUAAUGGCGGCAAUCAUCAAGCAGCGCCAGCAGAGUCACCAAUCGCUGAUCAAUGCGGCUGCGGCGGGCGGAGGAGCGCCAGGACCCGGCGGCGGAGCUUUGGCUCAGCAACAGCAGCAGGCCGGCAAUGGACCCCAGAAUCCGCAGCAGCAGCAGCAACAGCAACAGCAGCAGCAACAGGUGAUGCAACAGCAGCAGCAGAUGCAGCACAUGAUGAAUCAGCAGCAGCAGCAGGGCAGCGGUGGUCCGCAGCAGAUGAAUCCCAAUCAGCAGCAGCAGGUAAAUCUAAUGCAGCAACAGCAGCAAGGCGGACCCGGUGGUCCAGGUCCUGGACCCCAUCAACGGAUGCCAAACAUGCAGAAUGCCAUGAUGCUUCAAAGCCUGCCACCCAACAUGUCCCCCGGAGUCACGGCCCAGGGAGGAAUGGUGCCUAACCAGAGUUGGAACAAGAUGCGAUACAUGCAGAUGAACCAAUACCCGCCACCGUAUCCACGCCAACGCGGUCCGCAUAUGGGCGGCGCGGGACCUGGUCCCGGUCAGCAACAAUUCCCCGGUGGCGGUGGCGGUGCGGGUAACUUCAAUGCCGGCGGUGCUGGUGGCGCUGGAGGCGGUGUUGUCGGUGUCGGAGGCGUGCCCGGUGGGGCAGCCGGUCCCGUCGGUGGCGACCAAUACUCGAUGGCCAAUGCGGCUGCCUCCAAUAUGCUGCAGCAGCAGCAGGGACAAGUUGGAGUCGGUGUUGGGGUUGGCGUUGGCGUGAAGCCCGGUCCCGGUCAGCAGCAACAGCAGAUGGGCGUUGGCAUGCCGCCGGGCAUGCAGCAGCAGCAGCAACAACAGCAGCAGCAACCUCUGCAGCAGCAGCAGAUGAUACAGGUGACGAUGCCAAAUACCAAUGUCCAGAAUCCAUCAGCGGUGGUGGGCGGCCCCAAUGCUCAGGUGAUGGGGCCGCCUACGCCGCACUCCCUUCAGCAGCAGAUGAUGCAGUCGGCUCGCGCCUCACCGCCCAUCCGUUCGCCGCAGCCAACGCCGUCGCCCCGCUCAGCUCCUUCGCCGCGUGCAGCUCCAUCCGCCUCGCCACGGGCACAGCCCUCGCCGCAUCAUGUGAUGAGUAGCCAUUCACCGGCGCCGCAAGGACCGCCGCAUGAUGGCAUGCACAACCAUGGACUGCACCAUCAGUCGCCGCUGCCGGGAGUGCCGCAGGAUGUGGGCGUCGGUGUCGGCGUUGGCGUGGGCGUGGGUGUGGGCGUCAACGUUGGAAAUGCCGGCGGUGCCCUGCCCGAUGCCUCCGAUCAACUGACCAAGUUUGUGGAGAGGCUUUAGUGCAGCAACAGCAGCAGCAGCAACAGCAGCAGCAGCUACAACGGGUGGUAGCACUGGUCAGACUGAGGCUAAGGAGCACUUUCCAACCAGACCGGACCAGACCAGCAGGGAUCACCAGUGUGUGUGUGUUAAACGAUUGCGACUAACUACUCUAUGAUGAUUGUAUAUUAUGAUUUGAACUAUCACAACUAAUGUGUACCGUAGGAUAAGACACAGCCCCCAACUUUACCCCUAUGCCCCGCGUUAGAAUUAAGUUUAGGACAGCUUUUGAUCAAAGCAGCAGCAGCAAUCAUUAUUAUCAUUAUGUUUGGUUUCCAUUUACAAAACCACCGCGUAAUAGCCAAUAUAUUUACAAAUGCAAUAUAUAUCUUUUGUCUAAAACACACACACACACACACACAAACACACACCCCCUCAUAUGUUAGUUAAUUAAUCCCAAUUAAAUCCUACGUUCGUUCCAAAUUUCAAGAAAGAGAAAGAUAGGAAAGCACGGCAGAGUUAGUGAGGGAUGUUAGGACGUUUAACGUCGAUCCCUAGAAAGGAUACUUUUCCUUUUUAGGGCAUUACAAUUAUGUCGAAAUAUAUAUAUACAAAUUAGUCAAGAAUCAUUUCAAAUUGUACACAAAAUAUUGAACAGAAUCUAUAUUCUCUAUAUAGAGAUCGUUUUUCCGAAUGUGUGUGUUGUAAAGUUGAUCUAGGUUUUUUGUACCCUUGUAGAGUUUGUAAGACAAGACGGGACGAGAACAGACUACCCUUUUGAAUCCGAAACCGCAUCCGCACAAGAAUAUAUACAUAUAGCCUAUACAAAAUGUAACGAAAGCAAAUGUGCCUGUUCGGCGAUCGAUCGGCAGUUUGAGAUUAAGCAAAAGUGCUCCUUAUAGGAGCUUCAAAUUGGGAACACGUUAAAUAACAUAACAUUACAUUACAUAUUUUUAUACACGAAUCGAACGGAAUCCUCAAAAACCAGAUCCCCCAGAAGAAAUCACUUCCAAUUUGACAGGCAACAAUAAAUGAGCAUUGGAGAGAGAGGAUUAGGAUCAGGAUACAAGAUAGCAAUAGGGAAUAUCAGAAAUCAGGAUAGUAGCAUAUGAAAACACCAAACAGGAGGAGCGUUACGUUACGAAGGGAAUAUGAUUAACAUGAGCAACCAAUAGCAAUAGCCAAAUGCUUUGAAUACAGUUUUAGGGUACUUGAAAUAAUUAAGAACGAUUUAACAUUUACAACAUAUAUAUAUAUAUAUAUAUUCAUGUAAAUAUAUAUAUAUAUAUUCAUACGUAGGACAACAAAUUAGACUUGUAAUUUUAACAAAUUGUUCAUAAUCGAUUGUAUAUUGUACCGCCCCCGUGUGAGCGUGUGCGUGUGUGAGUGUGUGUGUGUGUGUGUGGAUGCGAGUGUGUGUGCUUUCCUAAAUUCCUCAUUUUAAUUCAAGGCGGAAGACUCACUUUGGGAGGUACACCAAAAAAAAAUUGCGUCAUUCCUUUUAAACCUAUUGUUUUGUCCCAAGUUUAGAUUCAAAUUUUUAUGUUAGCUGUCAAUUAAACGUCAAUGUCUCUGUAUUUUAUUGUUUAAGUAAAAUUGUAUUGUCCCCUUUUGUGUUACAACUGCAGCCAAAAUUAUAGAGACCUGUAUAACUUA